GCGACAGCCCGCAAGCAGUGUGCGACGGCGCUUGCUGCUGCAGGCUCUCGCCCAAGCCCCAUGGACGGGGCUCGCGAGUGUCUCGACAUGCCGCUGCGCGUCGGCCUCACCGACGGCAGGGUCAUCUACGGCCGCUUCGCCUGCCUCGACAAGCAGCAGAACCUGCUGCUCUCCGAGGCGCGUGAGACGCGCAAGCUGGGCGGCGGCGCUGCAGACAACGGCGUGAGCGAGCGGCACCUGGGCACAGUGCUGGUGCCUAGGAGAUGGGUGACGAGCUGUCAUACCGCGGUUGUUACGUAG